AUGAGACAAUCACUUGAACUCGGUGCUGAACUUGGUCAGGGUGAGUUUGGCUCCGUACUUAAGGGAGUUUGGACAGAUCCCAAAGGAAAAAAGGUAUGGUAUUGUGCAGUGCAACUCUAAUCUGUUAUUUAGCUCUAUUUAAUUAAUUAUUUCAUUUGAAUAGUUUUUUAUAAGUACUGUAUAACCCCCUCUCCCCCCGCGCGUGCGUUCUCGCGAGCCUCACUUCGCUUGCCCAAAUAGGAGAGCUUGCUCGCAGGUUAUUUGCCAAAGCCCUAUCAAUUGUUGCCUGAAGACCAAGAGCAAUUAUUAACGCACUAAACUGACGAGAAACUGGAAAUUUAACCAGGCCACCCUCGUAAAAACGGUUUUAGAGACGAAGAAGGAAAACUGAGCGUACAANAAAUUUUCGAAAAGGUAAGUUUUGAUCCCUAUAAUUUUCGGAUCACUAGACUUUCAGCUAGGAAAUCCGAACAGAUGAAAAAUUUGUAGGGGAUAAAAAUAUGCCUACAUCUACCUCUUCUUCGCAGCCCUUAUUUCUUAUAAUAUUGUGAUGUCGAGGUGGCCUCUCUAUAUAAGCCUGGUGGUUUCUCGAGGUCUCCUCUCCUAACAACCUAAUGUAUCCUGUAAAAUUUGCUGUAAAAAAGGCUAAUAAAAAAAUGAUAAAAAUAAAAAUAAAUACUAAAAUACGUUUAACAAUCCUAUGUUUAAGUGGUGUUGAACUAUAUUCUCGAUUGGUGCCCCUGAUUGAUUUAUCUGGUGGAUAGCGCUAUUCAACUUUUGAACAACUGGGGUCUGUAGGGGAAUGUGUAAUUUUCAGGAUAUUUUGUAUAGUUCGUAAUGAAAGCCGUCCUUUUGUUUUGUCCAUGGCAGGUUACCCGGUGCAGUCUCAACAGACACUAAUUAUGAGACAAUCACUUGAACUCGGUGCUGAACUUGGUCAGGGUGAGUUUGGCUCCGUACUUAAGGGAGUUUGGACAGAUCCCAAAGGAAAAAAGGUAUGGUAUUGUGCAGUGCAACUCUAAUCUGUUAUUUAGCUCUAUUUAAUUAAUUAUUUCAUUUGAAUAGUUUUUUAUAAGUACUGUAUAACCCCCUCUCCCCCCGCGCGUGCGUUCUCGCGAGCCUCACUUCGCUUGCCCAAAUAGGAGAGCUUGCUCGCAGGUUAUUUGCCAAAGCCCUAUCAAUUGUUGCCUGAAGACCAAGAGCAAUUAUUAACGCACUAAACUGACGAGAAACUGGAAAUUUAACCAGGCCACCCUCGUAAAAACGGUUUUAGAGACGAAGAAGGAAAACUGAGCGUACAACCCCAUAAAAAGACAGCCCUUGUUACUGAACAACUCCUAAGGACCCAUCGGGUAGCGUAAUUGGUUUUUCUAUACAGUUACUUAUCCCAGGAAUAGUGAUUUAUCCGCUAGAUAACGUUAUCCAGCUUUUGAACUACUGGGAACUAAUGCGUAUCUGGAGUCUUGUCACACACCACUGCCAUAUCGCCAUCAGUACAUCUCGCUGCCAACAAACUUACCACCAAGCUAAUCUAUAUAAGGAUACAAAAAUUUACGCUAUACAAUGAUUCUCUAUUUUCCCUUAUUUUUCCUGUUCCUUGUUAGGAAUAUGACAGCAUCUUACAGUAUACUCUUUGUUUUGGGGUUCUUUUUAGGUUCCAGUGGCGUUGAAGACUUUACACCCUGAGAAGAUAGCUCAUGGAGAGCAG